AUGGAUCCUUUGAAAUUAACUGACUUCGAUACAAUAAAACAUUACAAAGAGGAAUAUGGUUCAGUUGAAAAUUUAAUCAUCCAAGCCAAGAGUGGCAAUACCUCUGCCCAAGCUGAUCUUGGUUUUGCCUAUGUUGAAGGUAUAAGAGAUUUUGUUGAGAAGGACUCUGAGAAAGCCUUAGGAUGGCUCAAUGCUGUUGUGGAAAAUGGCCAUCUUUCACCAUCUGUCUGUGGAAAACUUGGUGAGUUACUUGAUCUGAAAGGUACACCUCAGCAUCAGCGUAAAGCGUACAAGAUGUAUCACCUGGCAGCAGAAAUGGGCUGCACAAAAUCGCAGCUCAACUUAGCGGAAAUGUAUCGAUGUGGAGUUGAAGGAGUGGUGAACAAAGACCUUAAGGAAGCAUUCGAAUGGUACCAAACAGCAGCUGGUGAAAGGGAAUCAGUAAAACAUCUUAAUCUUGGAACAGUCAGGAAAAUAAAGGACGCUCUCUUUGGAACAAGAACGGAGGCUCUGAGACUUUUGUACAAGUAUUAUCGUGAAGGUGAUUGCCCAGAAGGACGACCACGACCAACGAAAGCUGUUUACUACCUAACCAAAGCAGCUGAACAAGGCGAUACAGAUGCUCAGUGUGAACUGGGAAGGAUUUGUAUGGAUGGAAGUUGCGAACAAAUAAAGGAUCUGAGGAAGGCAAAGCGUUGGUUGGAAAAAGCUUCUGCCAAUGGUGAUGUCAAGGCAAGUCAGGUGAGUUACCAGCACUGUACUAGAAUUUGUGAUAGUGGAACACAGACUGCUUCUUAGAGUGUGUUCCUCUCUUGAUGUGAAGCCUGAGGUUUGGGUGAAAAAAGACUGGGACAAGACUUGGACGAGACGGGAUGUGUGGUCUUGUCCCAGUCUCAUCUGGACCAUAUCACAAUAAUGUUGUCCCGUAUUUUCCCACACUCCCACAUGUCCAGAGGAUGGAAAAGGAUGAAAAACAGGAUUCUUAAAGGCUGUUUAACCCUCUAACUCCCAAUAUCUGAUUGUUAAUUCUCUCCUCUAGCUGCUACACAUUUUCUUGUAAUUUAGUUCUAAGAAUUUUGGUUUUGAUCAGGAUAACACCCUCUACUUGGUAAGUUGUAGUAUUCUUAUCACCUGUUUGCUGAAUAAUGUCAGGAUAUGAGGAGAAGUUUGAUGUUAAUCACUUCUAGGAGUUAAAGGGUUAAUGAUGCACAUCAACAUCAAUUCAUUUUGAGAAUAUAAAAGAGAGGGUGUGGACUGAUUAUAGCUCAUCAUUACAGAGUUUAAAAAUGCAAAAUACUCAGCCAAUUGUUAGUAGAAAUGUUUUAAGCGAGGAAACACAAUCAAACUCCUCCCAAGUGUCUUUCUAUGGCCAUGUCGCAGUUCCCUACUGUGUGCUUUUAUGGUUGCUUCCUAGUCAUUGCAGUUUGCAGCUUGAGUUGCUUUGAAGAUUACGGCAUGCCUUACCUCUUUCACUCUCAUUAUCUUAUUUAUUGAAUUGCUAAUUCUCCCUUUGACUUGUCAGGCAAUUAUAAUAAUGUUUAGUGGUUAGGAGAAUUAAGCAUUGGAUCGACUAACUAUCCUCUAACUGUUAUUUUUCUUUAUUCUCAUCACUUGUCUGCUUGAUAUUGUAUUGAUAUUGUAAGGAGAAAUUCUGUCUUGGUCACUCAAAGGAGGAUGUUUUUUGUUUUCCUUUGGUUUGUUGGUUUAUGGUUUAUCCUAGUAAUCUUUUCUUAGCAAUUAUCUGAUCACCUUAGGUUGUAAAUUUUUUUGAAAUGGACUAUUGCGGUGGUAAAUUCCACAGUUCAUUGUGGGAGAAAGUUUGCUUUCAACAUGUUCAACAACCUUAAUUUAUUAAUUCGUUCUUUUAUUUGUUCAAUUUAUUUAAUUUUUAUCAAAUACCUCUGUAAGUUUAUUCAACAUGCUUUCAAAAGACAUGAUGGGCCAUCUAUAACAAAAAACUCCUGAAAACAGAGGAAAAGAACCUACAAACUGAGAAAUAAUUUACAAUGAAUAAUUCUACCAGAAUACCAGAGUUUACAGGUAUUUACCAGAAUGAGAAACAACUAUCAUAAGGAUAAAAAAAACAUUGUGGAAACUGUAAAAGAUCUAAGAGCACACAAAAUCAAACCUGUACUAGUUUCACAGAAUACAGGUACCAGUACCGGUAUUUAAAAAAAAAAUGCAAAAAUGCCAUUUAAUUUCAUAAUUGACAACUUCGCUUAUAGAGUUAACCCUUUAACCCUUUCACUCCCACAAGUAACCAAGACAGAAUUUCUCCUUACAAUAUCAAUACAAUAUCAAGCAGGUAGGUGAUGAGAAUCGAGAAGAAUAUCAAUCAUGGGAUUAUUAGUUGAUCCAGUACCAAAUUCUCUGAACUAACAUCAUAAGAAUUGUAUGGCAGAUAGUAAGGAGAAUUACUAAUCAGAUCUUGGGAGUGAAAGGGUUAACUCCCAGAUAAAAUUUGUUAUUCUCCUUACUGUCAACAUACAAUUCUUAUAAUGUUAGUUCAGAGAAUUUAGUAUUGGAUCAACUAAUUAUCCCCAAAUUGAUAUUUUUCUUUAUUCUCAUCACUUAUCUGGUUGAUAUUACAUUGAUAUUGUAAGGAGAAAUUCUGUCUUGGUCACUCAUGGGAGUUAAAGGGUUAACUACUUAAUAGACAUGAAAAUUGCUUUAAGGGGAAAGAAUUUAGAGACUUUGGUAAUUGACUGCUCAAUUCAGGGUGAAUGCUAAUACAGUGCCACUUAAUACAAGUUUUCCUGUAUGAACUUGCUAAUGUUAGAGAUUCUAAUCACCCUCUCCAUAAGUAAUUAUGUCCACAUACAAUUAGUAAACACAAAAAAAUACAAGUAAUGGGGGCAAACAUUCUAAUUUGCAACUUCUAUUUAUUAAUAUUUUCAGCUUCUUCAGCAGUGUAACCUUAGUGAAGACACACAGCACAGUGCUUUAGAAAUCAGUGAAGAUGCUAUGACUCAAUCAUUUAGUAUCAUGAGAGAGAAAUUGAGGCAGAGUGUUGAUAGAAAUGGGCACCCUUUAGCAAUUUCACAACCAUUUGCAUUUUCAGAAGAACUGCUUCAACAGUUUAAUUGGUCACCAACAGCAAAAAUUUACCUUCAAGCUUACAAACUGGUGGAAGGAGGCCUUGAAACUCUUAACACCAGUAAAUUCACCAAUGGAAGGGGAAUUACGCUCAUUGCUCAUGGAUACUUGACAGAGAAUUCUAUUCUACAAGCAUUCCCUCUGAUAAAGUCUUUGUCACACAAGAUUCUUCAUUUUUGCAAUGAAAAUUUGCAUGAUAAUCCUUGUUUUUUUGAGGGGCUUUUACUUGCAUACAUACUAUGCGAGAAAGGCACCAUAAAGGGUGUAUUUACACUAAAGAAUUUAAUUAAUUUUAUCCAAGAGACAGAACCUAACAGCCCUCCCAGUAAAAAUCCAUUUCAAUUUGAUAAGAACUACAGCAGCUGGCUUCAUGUUUUGUAUUAUCACUUGGCAGCCUUUUACACCAUUUCAGAUGACUUUGAACAAGCAGCUGAGGCAUUUGAGAACUCCCUUAGGUACUGCCCAUCAUACUAUGAUGCCAAGAGGGGACUAGGACAUUCCUUGAUGAAGUUGUAUACAAUUAAAGAAGUGUCUAAAUCAAAACAUUCCUGCCAAGAAGUUUCAUCAACAACUACUCAAAACAAACAUGAUGGAGAAAUUUCAAAGUAUGCAUCAUGGAGUGCUGAGAAUUUAAGAGACACUGCUGUGACAAUGUUGAAGGAGUUUCUAACAGAGGCACCAACUUGCUUUAAAUUUUACCCAAAUGCUUGUUAUUAUCUUGCAAAACUUGCUGUGAACACAGAAGAGUUUGUAAAGUAUUAUGAACUUGGACAAGAGGCAGAGGAGAAGAGACUUCCCUUUUUUGAUCCUGUCAAACUUCCAUUGAAAGAUUUGUUGACACCAUGCUACCAGCUAUUUACCAAUGUUAAAAAACCUGUCCAAUGUGGAAACAAGAAUUGCUCCAAAAAAGUUGAGGAGAGUGCACUGAAAUCCUGUAGCAGAUGCAGAAAUCAAAAAUAUUGCAGCAAGUGAGUGAAUGUGUUUGAAAUUAUUUUUUUUUAUGAAUUAUUUUUCUAUACUUCAUAAACAAGAAUUGCUAUUUGAUUAAUAAUAAAAAGGCCUUGUUGUCUUUCAGAUUAAUAGUGGUUAGGGAGAAACAUAAAAAAAAUUUUUUCUGGUCAAGUUAAUUACAAAGUUUGUGCAACCUCAAGUCUUGAAGUUCCCUUAAUAGUAAUAAUAAUAUAAUAGCUUUUAAAAUUUAAAAGGGAUUUUUGUGAACAUUGAGUUCUGUGUAAUGAAAAUUUUGUGUUGGAACAAGUUCAAUCCUGUAACAUGAUUGGCUUAAAAAGGUCUUUUCAUUUUUCUAGAGAGUGUCAAACAACAGACUGGAAAAAUCACAAAGCUACUUGCACUGCUCCCAAAGCAUCCAUGGCCAAGAAUGGAUGAAUAUAAGAUUUGGUAUGGUAAAUAACUAAAUAAGCGAAGACAACUGCCAAGAGAUCAAUGACUUGCCUUCCUCUACCAGAAGCAAGAAAAGACUAUCAAUUUACUGUAUAACCAAAAAGUAACAACGAUUUUUGUUUCAUCAAGCUUAGAAGUUUUCUCUAGGUUUUAUUUGACAUGGUUUUGGGGGUGGGGGAACUUGAAGCUUGAGUUGAUGUGCCACAAGUAAAAUCAGAUUUUUAAUCUUUUUAACCCUUUAAUUCCCAUGAGUGACCAAGACAGAAUUUCUCCUUAGUAAUUCGAUAAAAUAUCUUGCAGGCAAGUGAUGAGAAGAAAGAAAAAUAUCAAUUAUGAGAUUAUAACAUGAUCCGCUACUAAAUUCUCCAAACUAACUUAAGGAGAAUCAUUUGGCAAACAGUAAGGAGAUUUACUAAUCAGAUCUCGGGAGUUGAAGGGUUAAGACAAAGGCAUGUCAGAGGAAAAGGUACGUGUCUGGUGAAAUGUUGAUCUGCUGAUGCAAAUGCAUAUUUUUUCAUCUACACGAAAGGUUUACAUAAAAUUAUGUAACAAGAUGUUUGACAAGAGUUUGAGUAAAAGCAGCAAAAAUUGCUUCAUCAUUGUAUAUUUUGACUCCUCAACCAUGAUCUACAUAUUCCAACAAAUAAAUACAUGAAAUAAAAUUUAAG